CUCCGGCCGCUCGGGUUCGGAGAAGCGGCAGAAGGUUGUCUAGAAUUGUAUAUGUAGGUGCUAUUUUUAUAAAUUAAAUCAUUAAGUGGUAAAAAGUAACACGUAGUUUUUGCCCGUGAAAUAUUUACCGGGCAUAAUAUCCAUACUGGAUGUUUUGUUGUUGGUCCGGAGGUGAAGAUUCAGGAAAAGGUCCGAUGGCAGCAAUCCGCAAGAAGUUGGUGAUUGUAGGCGAUGGAGCCUGUGGUAAAACAUGCCUUUUGAUUGUCUUCAGCAAAGAUCAAUUUCCUGAAGUGUACGUGCCUACCGUUUUUGAAAAUUAUGUAGCCGAUAUCGAAGUCGAUGGAAAGCAAGUAGAAUUAGCUUUAUGGGAUACGGCAGGACAAGAAGAUUAUGACCGUUUGCGGCCGUUGUCUUACCCGGAUACAGAUGUAAUUUUAAUGUGUUUUUCGGUAGAUUCUCCAGACUCCUUAGAGAACAUUCCCGAGAAAUGGACACCUGAGGUAAAGCAUUUUUGCCCAAACGUCCCUAUAAUAUUAGUAGGUAAUAAAAAGGAUCUACGUAAUGAUCCAAAUACGAUCAAAGAGCUAGCUAAAAUGAAACAAGAACCUGUUAAACCACAAGAAGGUCGUGCUAUGGCUGAGAAAAUAAAUGCUUUUGCAUAUCUGGAAUGCUCAGCUAAAAGUAAAGAUGGAGUUAGAGAAGUAUUUGAAACUGCCACACGUGCUGCAUUACAAGUCAAAAAGAAGAAGAAGCCACGCUGUAUUUUGUUCUAAACAGAACAUUUGUAUAUCUAUUCUAUCAUAUAAGCAUAUGUUCUUUAUAAUGGGAAUUGUUCGUUGUGUGCUUACAAAACAAAACAUUUGCAUAACCAAUAAAUUCCCUUUAAUCUUUA